AUGAUUACAAUUAGUUUAUUUAUUUUGCUUAGAACAUUAGUUUAUUGUAAUUCGCCUGUUUGUUAUUCUGACCACGAACAAAAUGACCUUGGAUGUUUUGAACCGUGGCCAUUGUCCAUUUAUGAAGGACUUAAUUUGUACUCUCUGUGUCCUCAAAGUGCGUCGAAUAUUUCACCAGAAUUUUUAGUCUACACGGUUGACCAGCCAGAGAAUCCGAUCAGACUGACCACUAAGAAUGUCCAAAGUUUUGAUGCAAUUCAGUCAACUGAUCAGAUCGUUUUCUUUAUCCAUGGCUAUAAAAAUACUUACAAUGAUUCGAGAUUCAUUUCAUUGAAAGAUGAACUAUUGACCGUGUCUCAAGUGGUCAUUAUGGUCGAUUAUGAGAUCGGUGCCGACCCUGGGAUCGUCUCUAGAGUCACUGAUUUUUAUAAUUUCCAUCAAGCAGCAGCCAAUACACAGGUAGUCGGUCGACAAGUAGCACUCAUGAUCCAAAAGCUUAAAUUAAUACGAAACAUUAAUUAUAAUAACGUCCAUUUGAUUGGAUAUAGUCUGGGCUGUUCGACUUGUCACUUUACAGGUGCUUAUGCUUUCAGUAAAUUGGGCUUCCAAAUAGGUCGGAUAACGGCUUUGGAUCCAGCGGGAAUGUUGAUUUUCGGACCUGGAAAACGCAUUGAACCUUCAGACGCCAUUUUUGUUGAUGUCAUUCAUACCACUUCAUUCAAUUUGUUCAGGUACAUUUUUGCGAGUUCUGGUAAAGUUGGAACUAGUUUGUCUUUGGGUCAUGUGGACUUCUAUCCGAAUGGUGGAGGCGAGAAUGGAAUCGAUCAACCAGGUUGUGAUGGAAUCAAAUACUGUUCUCAUUACUAUUCGAUGCAACUAUUCAAAGCUUCGAUUCGAAGGUGUGAUUUCAAUGCGACAUCUUGUACUUCAUAUCAGUCAUUUUCCGACGGACUUUGUAAGGAAAAAUCAUCAGAUUCUCAAUUAGGAUAUUGGUCUUAUAAACUUACGGGUCGAGGUCGAUACUAUUUGGAAACAUCUAGAGAUCCAAUGAAAUCGUGUUGAUCUUAUUAAAGAUCAAUUGGUGGACCAAUACAAUGUGUAAUAAACUUAUUUUAUUUUCAAUUUUUGUUGAUAAAAAUAAAUUGUUGAGUCCCAAAUGACUCAAUGAAAAUGGCAA